CGUGCAGCGAGCUGGGGUAAGGUCGACAAAAGACGCCGCCCGAUUCAUUGCGUUUUUUUUGAAAAAGGCGGCUUCAAACAAGGCAACGACGUCCAAAAAGGCAAAAACCUACCCAACGGCCACCGCUACACAACACAACACAAAGCAGUCGCAAUGGCCUCCACGACAACGACGACCAUCACGACGCCCGCUAGCGUAUCAGAAGUGCUCGUCGACUACAGCCUGCACCAUUCCGACAGCACUCCCGCCGCCGCCAAGGAGGAAGGACAGCAGACCGCGACGGCGAGCAGCAGUGACACCAGCAACCCGCCAGGCUAUGGGGCGCAGUAUCGCCGGGUGCCUGCGCACCGGCCGAUAAACAGGCGGCUGGAUCAGAGCCAGCGCGCCGUCUAUCAAAACGGCGGCGAGCGCGUGUUUAUCACCGUCAUGUUUGGUGGACUUUUUAUCAACUCUACGGCGGCCAAAUUGUGGAACGCGACAUUGGGGAGGGUUAACCCAGGCAUCUUUAGGUAUCCCGUGGGCGGCGAGAUGUGACCAGGGGGGAAGAUGUCAAUAUCAAGAUGCUGUAUCAUUUAUUUUCUUGGGUUUAUUACGACAGUGAAACAUCAGCUCAUGCAAACGGAAAACGAUAAAAAAUGCAUCAUUUAUUCCAGCCUUGAA